AAAACAAAAAGCAUUGAAAAGUUAGAGUCUGAAGUCUUCUUCUCCAACACUUUCUCACUCCAAUCUAGCCAUGGCUGCAUCGUAUGCAAGACUUACUGUAGCAGCGUUGGUUCUGAUAGCUUUGACACCAACCUUUCCGCAAUCUUCAGUUUCAGCUUCAUCUGUGGGUAAAUUCGUUGACGAAACCAUCAAUUCCCACAAGAUCGUCAUUUUCUCCAAGACCUAUUGCCCGUACUGCAAGAGAGCGAAAGCUUUAUUCAAAGAGUUGAAACAGGUUCCACAUGUUGUUGAGCUUGAUGAGAGAGAGGAUGGUUCAAAGAUUCAGGAUGUCUUGAUUAAUAUUGUUGGGAGGCGUACUGUGCCACAAGUUUUCGUUAAUGGACAGCACCUUGGAGGCUCAGAUGAUACCGCUGCAUCUUACGAAAGUGGACAUCUGCAUAAACUUCUAGGAAUUAAGUCAGAGGGUCAUGAUGAUCUGUGAAUCAGGUUGAUAAUUAGGGAAAACUUUGUCUCGUAGCAGCAAUUCUUUGACUUUGAAAAAUCUUUGCUUAUAAAGGCACAGUGAUAUUACAUUUUGGCACAACUAAAGUUUUCAUUUUUGUAUGUGAUGGAUAGUUUUUCAAUUAUCACUGGAAUGUUUCAUCUUCU